UGCUGUCGGUCAUGGUCAUCCGUCAUGGGCUGAAAAUAAAGAUGACAGUGUUUACAAAGCUUAAGAUACAUGUGUAGGGUGUUAAUGUAAGCAGUCACAUGCCUUUUUAUGCAGUUUGAGAUAUUUAAAGAGCGUAUAAGUGCGGUCAUAGCCAUUUCUUCAGUCCUCUUUAACGUAAAUAAUUCUUGCAUAAUGGGGUUAAAUGAACCAAGUUGAUUGUUCAGCUACCAAGAAACUUAAAUUAUCCAAAAUGGCUGAAGAAAUAGCUCAAGAUAGCCCUGCUAUUGAAGUGUGUCGUGUGGAGGAGAGACCAGAGCAUGGAAUGAUGAUUUUACAAGGCCUCAACAAGCUAAAAAAUGAUAAAAUUCUUUGUGAUGUUACAUUAAUUGCUGAAGGUCAGAAGUUUGAAGCUCAUCGUGUAGUACUGGUAUCCUGUUCUGACUACUUCAGAUCAAUGUUUACCAGUGGAAUGAAAGAAAGUACCCAGAAAGAAAUAGAAUUACGAGGAAUUACAAGUAAAGGGCUUGACAAAACAUUAGAAAUAAUCUACACAUCAACCACUUCUUUGGAAGGGGAUGAUAUAUUUGACGUGAUAGCUGCUGCCACUCAUUUGCAAGUGACUCCCGUUAUAGAAUUUUGUGAGAGAAACUUUCUUAGCGGAAUGAAUACAACUAAUUUUUACGAUUUUAUUAAUACGGCUAAAUUGUACAGUAUGAACAAUGCAUUGAAGCAAAUUGAUGUUUUUAUAGCAAGAAAUUUAAUGCAUAUAUCUAAGGAAGGUACGUUACAUUUAUUGACUAAUGAGCAAAUGGUAAACUGUUUAAACAGUGAUCAAUUAGGUCUAAAAGAGAUUGAUAUUUUCCAUAUAACGUGGGAGUGGUUCCUUCUCAACAGUAACCAGGAAGAUCAAGCAAUAGAAUUAAUGAAACUGAUACGAUUUCCAAUGAUAAAUCCUGCUGACUUAGUGCAGACAGUUCAAAGGGUUGAUAUGAUGAUGACCAACCCAGAGCUGCGCCAAAUGGUACUUAGUGCUCUUAACUAUCAUGUAGUUCCUCAUUCACAACCUUUAGAAAAAACAUUUAAUGUCCAGUUGCGUAGCUUUGUAGAGAGAUUAGUCAGCGUGGGUGGUAGGGAAAUUCAUCCCAACCCUGGGCUGCAUGAUGAAAUUCUGGUGUUUGAUUCUAAAAUAACGUCUAAUAGUUUAUUAAAUAGGACUGAGUUAGCUUCCCUUCCAAGUGCACUUAGUCAUAUGCAGGUUGUAGUGUAUAAUAACUUCUUAUAUGUGCUGGGUGGCUGUACUACACAGUGUGCACAUGGAGAAUCGGCUGUAAAUUCUGUGUUGCGCUAUGAUCCUCGUUUUGAUACAUGGUUUCAGGUGUGCCCCAUGAUUAAUAAGAGAGCUUACUUCUUUGCUGGAGUGUUGAACGAUAGAAUAUACACUGUAGGAGGAAAAUUUAAAGAUGGCAGCUUAGCUACCGCCGAAGCUUACAAUCCUGCCGAUAACGUGUGGGAACCAAUCUCUCCAAUGCCGAUGUCAUAUCAUGCUCAUGCUGGGGCUGUGUAUGGGAACUUUAUCUAUAUUUCUGGUGGAUAUAGCGGAAAUCAUUUUACCCCCGACAUGCAGCGCUAUGACCCGGCAACGAAUCAAUGGGAGGACAUGGCAGCCAUGUUAACCCAGAGAGGAUGGCAUGUGAUGUGUGCAGCUCAGGAUAAACUGUACGUAUUUGGAGGAUGUAAUCUUAAUGUAAACCAGCAAGCUAUGCCUGUGAUGCAGUCUGAGUGUUACGACCCAUUGACUGAUCAGUGGACAAUUAUUGCUCCCUUGUCUGUUUCACACAAAGAAGCAUCUUGUGUAGUAUAUAAUGAUCAUAUCUAUGUGUUGGGCGGUUACAAUGUACAGACAAAAACUGGUCAGAAACUUGUAUCGCGAUAUGACUUGUAUACAGGAAUCUGGGAGACGGUUGGUGCUUUGCCACGAAGUCUAACAGGAGUUGGUUAUUGUACAUUAAAACUGCCAGCAUAUAACAUUGAUGAAGCUGAUUAAAUUGUAUGAUUGUCAUGUUGUUUAAGAUGGUAGACCUGGGUUAAGGGGAAACAACUCUUUCAUAAGAAAUGCGUUUGUACCAAGAGGAUUCAUCAAUGUUUUUAAAGCACUUUUUUUAACAGAUUAUAAAUAAUCUGUGUUACUUAGAAGCUUGGAGUAUGUAUUCAUGAAAGUGGUAGUCAAAAACAUAUCAGUGAUUUUUAAAGAGUUCUUUCCCUUACCCCAAGUUUAUAGCCUUAAACAUUACUGUGUGAAUUUGAGGU